AUGUCAGUCGAACCAGCUAUCAUUGAUGUUUCAAGAUUUCUUGCAGACCCAACUUCUGCUGAAGCUUUAGAAGAUUGUCAAAAAUUAGUUCAAACUUUACAACAAACUUCAUGUUUAGUCAUUAAACACCCAAAAGUCAAUGAACAAGAUAAUUCAAAAUUCUUAGAUAUGAUGGAACAAUAUUAUGAACAACCAGUUGAAGAUUUAAUGAAAGAUGUUCAUCCAGAAUGGAGUUACCAAUUAGGUGCCACCCCAGAAUUCACUGAAGAACCAAGAGAUCACACUGAAGUCAUUUCAAAAUUAUUACCACAAUAUGCUGCCCAUGCACCAAAAGGCGCUGAUCCAAAAUGGAGAUUCUUCUGGAGAAUUGGUGACAGACCAGCCGAUACUAAAUACCCAGAAUUAAAUUGCCCACCAGUCAUUCCAGCUAAAUUCCCACACUGGAAAGAUGUCAUGGAUAGCUGGGGUGGUUUAAUGUUAUCAUCAUGCGAAGUUGUCGCUCAAAUGAUUGCCACUGGUUACGGUCUUCCAAAAGAUACCAUCACAAACAUCAUGAAUAAUGGUCCACAUCUCUUAGCCCCAACUGGUUCAGAUUUAAAGAAAUAUGGUAAUUUAGAUCAAAUCUUUGCAGGUUUCCACUAUGAUUUCAAUCUUUUAACCAUCCACGGUAAAUCACGUUUCCCAGGUCUCUACAUUUGGUUACGUGAUGGUACCAGAGUUCCAGUUAAAGUUCCAGAUGGAUGUUUAUUACUCCAAGCUGGUAAACAAUUAGAAUGGAUCACUGGUGGAGAUAUUUUAGCAGGUUUCCACGAAGUCGUUGUUACUGAAGCCACUUUAUCUGCUGUCGAAAAAGCUAAAGAAGCCGAACGUUCAUUAUGGAGAAUUUCAUCAACUCUUUUCAGUCAUGUUGCCUCUGAUAAACAUCUUACUCUUUUACCACCAUUCAACACUGAAGAAAACUUAAAGAAAUACCCAAAUAUUUUAGCUGGUGAACAAUCACAAGAAGAAUUAGAAAUGAUUAAAUUAUCAAAGAAAUAA